AGAGUCAAACACGAACGGCUGAUUGGUAAUUUGGUACGUCUCUUUUGUCGAAUGCGAUCCUGGCGUUGUCCGUUAAACUCUAAACUAGGAGAGUUAGAAACUUUGAGAGAGAGAGAGAGAGAGAGAGAGAGAGAGCAAUGGAGUCUCCAUUCAAGGCGGAUAUACUGAAGGGGAAGGUGGCUCUGUUGACAGGAGGAGCCUCAGGAAUCGGGUAUGAGAUAUCGCUUCAGUUGGGCCAGCAUGGAGCCUCCAUUGCUGUUAUGGGUCGUCGCAAACAUGUCAUUGACUCUGCUGUUGAAGCCUUUCAGUCCCAAGGCAUUCAUGCUAUUGGACUUGAGGGCGAUGUUAGAAAAAGAGAUGAUGCAGCUAGAGUUUUGGAAUCAACUGUGAAGCAUUUUGGGAGGCUUGACAUCCUUGUGAAUGCUGCAGCUGGCAACUUCCUUGUGCCAUCUGAGGAUCUAUCCCCCAACGGAUUUCGAACAGUUAUAGAUAUAGACGCUGUUGGCACUUUUACAAUGUGUCGCGAAGCACUUAAGUAUCUCAAGAAAGGAGCGUCAGGAAAAGACUCGUCUGUUGGUGGAACAAUCAUAAACAUAAGUGCAACUUUGCAUUAUACAGCUACUUGGUAUCAAAUUCAUGUAUCUGCAGCAAAGGCUGCUGUUGAUAGCCUUACAAGAAGCUUGGCAUUGGAGUGGGGCACAGACUAUGAUAUUAGAGUCAAUGGUAUUGCACCAGGACCUAUUGAAGACACUGCUGGCUUCAGUAAACUUUUACCUCAGGAGAUUUUGAGCACACUUAAAGAGCAGACUCUUGUAUCUAAAGUAGGUCAGAAAUGGGAUAUUGCUAUGGCUGCACUAUAUCUUGCAUCCAAUGCAGGAAAAUACAUCAACGGAACAACAUUGGUUGUCGAUGGGGGAGACUGGCUGAGCAAACCCUCCCAUCUUCCAAAAGAGGCGGUGAAGAAACUGUCCCGAGCCGUAGAGCGAAGGUCUAAAGAUAAACCAGUUGGGAUUCCUAAGAGUAAGCUUUAAUAAUUCCAUUUGAUGAUCAUGAUCAUGACCAACUCAAGUAUUUUCUUUCGUUCCACAUCAAAUUGAAUGCAUUGCCAGUGUAAAUUCCUUCCGGACCACUUUGGGAAAGAUCCAUAGCUUCAACUUCUAAAUGUAAAAUUAUUGAUUACUAGAACCAGUCAAACGGAUCAAAGAGAUGAUAUUGGAUAUGUAAUAUCCAUCUUGACAAAUAAAUGAAUUAGUAUUAAUUACUUCAAUCACUCAAUUUGG